CCCGCCGCGCCCCCGGCCGUGGCCGCGAUCCGCGCGCUGCUGGGCUUCCUGCGGCGGGACCGAGGGGAGACCAUCCAGGGCCUGCGGAGCAGCCUGCUGGCCGCCAUCGACACGCUGUCCGGGGUGGACUCCUCGGUGGCCGUGCGCUCGGGCGGGGAGCUGUUCCUGCGCUUCAUCAGCCUCACCUCGCUGGAGUACUCGGACUACUCCAAGUGCAAAGAAAUCAUGAUUGAGCGCGGGGAGAUCUUCCUCAGGAAAGUCUCUCUCUCGAGGAACAAAAUCGCCAAGCUGUGUCAUCCCUUCAUCAGAGAUGGUGCUCGAAUACUGACACAUGCCUACUCAAGGGUGGUCCUCAGAGUGUUGGAAGCAGCUGUUGAGUCCAAGAAGAGAUUCAGUGUUUAUGUGACUGAGUCACAGCCAGAUCAAGCUGGGCAAAAAAUGGCAAAAGCCUUGAGGAAGCUGAACAUCCCUGUGACUGUGAUUCUGGAUGCUGCAGUUGGCUACAUUAUGGAGAAAGUGGACCUGGUGUUAGUUGGUGCUGAAGGUGUAGUUGAAAGUGGAGGCAUUAUUAACAAGAUUGGCACUAAUCAAAUUGCUGUGUGUGCCAAAGCUCAGAAUAAGCCAUUUUAUGUGGUAGCAGAAAGUUUCAAGUUUGUCAGACUUUUCCCCCUAAAUCAGCAGGACGUCCCAGACAAGUUUAAGUACAAAGCAGACACUCUGAAAACAAAUCAGAACCUGACAGAGGAGCAUCCCUGGAUUGACUACACAUCACCCUCACUAAUUACAUUGCUGUUCACAGACUUGGGUGUGUUAACUCCAUCAGCUGUCAGUGAUGAAUUGAUUAAACUCUACCUGUAA